ACUGCUACCUUAAUUUUCAUAUAUGAGAGUUGCUAAUAUCUCCUUCAAUGCAGGUAGAGGUUGCUCUGAGAGAUCUUAUACUCUCAGAUUAUGCCAAGAAGAAUAAUGUAAACACCUCGGCACUGACACAGUCUGAAAUUUGUGAUAUAAUACUGGGGGCUGAGAUAACUCCACCUUCACAACAAAGGCAACAGAUUACGAAGAUUAAGAAGCAGGCGAGAGAAGCAAGCCAACUUAUAACAGUCACAACAAGGACAACAAUUGUGCACGGUGAUGAACUCAUUGUCACCACAACAAGCCCCUAUGAGCAAGCAGCAUUUGGUUCUAAAACUGAUUGGUGUGUUAGAGCAAUCUCAACGACGAAUCUAUAUCUUAGAGUCAAUCAUAUUUAUGUGAACACUGAGGACAUUAAGGAGACAAGCUACACAUACAUCAUGCCCAAGAACAUUUUGAAGAAGUUUAUUUGCAUAGCAGAUCUUCGGACUCAAAUUGCAGGAUAUUUGUAUGGCAUAAGGCCCCAAAUAACCCUCAAGUGAAGGAAAUUUGCUAUAUUAGUUAUCAAUUAACAUUAAUAUUUUUUAACCAACUCAUC